AUGGAGCUGAGCAUCUCUGGACAGGAGGACACCAGUGGAGUUGGAUGUCCUAUAAAGGGGAAUCAACUGCAAUCCAGCCCUUGCAGGAAGAUGCCUGAGCAAGGGAAGCAGCGAUAUGGGGGCCAAGCUGUUGUGUCUUUGGCAGCAGCAGAUUUCCCAGCUUAUGCAGCACUGUUAAUGUGUCCCACUGGUGUUCAGGUGGUACUUUCAGCACUCAUCUUCACAAAGAAAGAGGAGGUUCACCAAGUAUGGAGCAAUGAAUUUGAUUUUGUCGUCUCCAAGUAUGGAUCUAAAAAUAUGCCUGAAGACAUACCCAAGUGGACUUUUCUGAAUUUGUUACAGAAAACAUUACAGUGUUGUGGCCAAAAAAAUUACACAGAUUGGAAAAAGAACAUGACCAAAGAAAAUUCACUACAGAUUCCAUGUUCCUGCACAAAUUCUACAUUAAGAAAGUGGUUUUGUGAUGAGCCACUGACUGCAAUUUACCUAGAGGGUUGUGAGAAUAAAAUCAGGACAUGGUAUGAUGCUAACAUUUUAACUUUAAUUGGAAUUAAUUUUGGACUCUUGGCUUCAGAGGUUUCACAAGUCUCAUUAACCAUUUAUUUCUUCAGACAUAUUAAGAAUAAAAUAUAUGCAGAAAUGUGA